AUGCCCUGCAGUCGAAAGCGACAGCUGUAUGUUCAAGCAGAGCCUACGACUGACUCUUCGCCGCCGCCCAUCGCUAAACGACGAAAGCUCGAGAAGCAGCAACGACACAGGACACCCAGCUGGUUUUGGGACAAUUUGUCACGGCAGUGGCUAACUCCUCGCACUCUCCGAGAGUUUGAUCGAAGAACGGAGUGGCCUGCUACCCCUUCACCGCCUGAUCGGACUGGCAAGGAAGACAUUGACCUUGCACAGCUCAAGCGCUUCGCAAGACACGGUGGACCAAGCCUUGGGCACCUGAGAGCUUAUCCAGAACCCGAAACCGCCGUUCCUUCCAAUCGAACGAUGUCGUCAAGUCAAUCGGGCUCCCGGAAACGAGCCAAGACUGGAAGAGAAUCGGAUAUUUCCUCGAAGACGAAGAAAUCCUCUGCAUAUGACCCCGCCUUCGAGCAGCAUCUCAUUGAUCAUGGCAUUUAUCCUCAUGGAUACGACUAUGAUGAUGACGAUGGCUCUGUAUAUCCGGACAAUUGGGAGGAAAUAAAUGAGAGGCUAGCGCAGCCACGGCCUUCUCUUUCGCCAUCGCGCUUUCCUCGUGAAGCGUUUCGGAAGUUUGAAAAAACAAACAUGCAGGCUUUGACCGAAAACACUGUGAUGAGCAAGGCAUUCCCGAUCAUUGCUGGCACCGCCGACAUUCCCUCACAGGAGAACCUUCUCUUCGGAAACCUCAAACACCUGACCGAUGGCUCUAUCACCAAGGCCAAGCCAGACUUCUACGAUGGGAGCCGUCCGGCGGAUCUCAACAAGCAGAUCCGGGAAGAGCUAGGGCCUUACAUCGUGCCGUCGACGAACACCGCUGCACCGUGCUUGCCCAACUUCUUCACAGAGGGAAAAGGACCCAAUGGGAGUACCGCCGUGUGCAAGCGACAAGCUUUAUAUGACGGUGCUUUAGGUGCCCGUGGGGUACAUGAGCUUCGGUCAUACGUUGACCCAGAGACGGCUUACGACAACAAUGCGUAUACGAUCACGUCGACUUAUCAUGGCGGUUCGGGUGACCUCACGAUCUAUUCUACGCAUCCUACUCCAUCCAAUAAUCCCCAAAAUCCAAUUGAGUAUCGCAUGACUCAGCUUAGAGGUUGGAAGAUGACGGACAUCCCGGAAACUUUCCGACAAGGAGCUAGCGCUUUAAGGAAUGCUAGGGACUGGGCGAAAGAGAAACGGGAAGAGCUUAUGAUUGCGGCAAACGGCAAGGUGCCAGAUGCGGAACAUUCAGAUUUGGUUUCAUCCACGCAGAGCUUUGUAUCAUUGUCAUCGAACGAGGCCACUCACCCAGAAUCUGAGACGUCAACUGACGAGCUUGCCCUGGACGUUGGCACGUUUACUAGCUCCAGUCACAGAACUCCGGUCAAAGCCCAAACGAAUCUUCCACCCAAAGUCUCCCCGAAUCGACAAUCCAUGAAAGCGUCUCAAGUCAAGAAGAGGCCUAGCAGGAGACCUGAAGCCUCACAAGUCAUCUAUAGAGAACCCAGGCUCUAG